AUGCAACGUUUUGUUAUUAAGAUCCAUAGCUGGCUUGAGAGAUUGUUCGAUGGACAACCUGUACCGCAAUACGAAGUCAAUGCUACUACUAUGAAUAUGUUGGAGAAUUUAUAUAAAUUAAAUCAAGUUUGUGACAACGAUGCACACAAUCUCAUUGAAGAUGUUAAGCAAAAGGCUUUAGAAUAUAGCUACGAAGCUCUUCGACUAUCGACAAUCCUUUCCACACUUGGACUAGACAAAAGUAGCCUAUCACAAUCCGGCAAUGUCAGCUUAAACAACCUAGCUAAAAUAGCAUUAAUUCUGAAAUUAAAAGACACCUCGAUAAGUAGUUACUACUGUGGCAUUCAUCACUUGGCACGCGACACUAGAUCAGUAGAACGAAUGCACAACAUGGAGAAAAGAUUAAUUGAUGCCCUAACUAUCAAGCAUAGGGACAGUAUUGUCAAAUCCAGUGCAUUAAAAAGGACAUUACGCGAACUAACUGACCAUGCAGCUGAAACUGAACCAAAAUUAGAGCAACGUUUGCGAGAAACAGCCUUUUUAGGACGUAAAAGUCAAGAAUAUCAAAAAAUUAUUACAGAACUAAAGAAAGCAAAUAAAGAAGUAAAUAUGGAUCCCUCACUUUAUCAUUCCAACCUUGUUAAAAGAGCAAAGGAUCUACAAAUGCUAAAAGAAGAACUUGCACCAUUACAAGCUAAAUGGAAAUCAUACCAUAGCUUGCCAGCUGAUAUUUCAUUAGCAAAGGUCAAGCUAGAAGAGGCAAAGCAAGAAAUGGUGCGCCUUGAAAUGGAAUUAGAACGGCGAAUUGGUAGCAUCUAA